AUGAGUUAUGAUCAAUUCGUUGAAAUGGACAAUGAGGAAAAUAUCAAUAAAUUCAAUGACCAACAAAUGAUGUAUAAAAAAUUGCCAAAGAAUUUAACUAAUCCAAACUCAAAAGAGCUAAAAGGAAAUUUACAAAAUGGUCAAGAGCUAGGACGUAUAGUGACAUUGAGUGCAUCACCUGAUAUGUUUCAAGAGUACUUAGAUAAUUUACAAGUGACAUAUGAAAAUUUUGAAAAUUAUGAAAAGACUGAAACGAAAGAAAUUAUGAAAGAAAUUCACGCUACAAAUAAAAAGAAAGUAUGUAUGAUUAUCUUUCUUGUUCUCGGCAUUUGUUUUCCUCCAUUUUUAGUCUUUAGCUUGGUUUAUAUGAGAAAGUAUAGAACAUCUCAAAAACUGUCAUCAAUUUAUCACAUUACAUUAUUUAUUGUAUUUGUAGAUAUUAUGCUUUUAUUGACAGUUGUAAUGGCUGCAAUUUUUUAUGGUAUAAAAGCGCUCUAG